AUGCCAUUGCCCGCGCCCAAGGCGCAGCGGUGCCAGCGUCGGGCUCGCGCCCGGCGUAAAGGCCACACUCCGAACCGCGCCGCCGUUGAUCGCGCAGCGCAGGUGUGCCCCGUCUGCCCAGCCCUCAACGAUCACUCGUUCCCCAUAGGCAUAAUCCGCGUCCGUGGCGGUUGUGGCCGUGGUCGCGCCGCCGCUGUCCCGCGGGCGCACAUCGUCCGCCACGCCGCCAACGGCGUCGACGCAAAUCAUCGCCGCGAAAUACCAGGGCUGGUUGAUGUUGCAGGACGCGGGCCCGACCAGAUAGUCGUCGACCCCGUCCGUGCGCACCGACCACAGGUAAGCUGUCCCGGAUUGUGUGCUAUCGGUCGGGCUGGCCACGCUCUGGUAGGCGCGCGCCUUGACCUCCGCCAGCGCGCCGCGCUCAAGGCGCGCGUUGCGCACGAGGACGCCACUGGAGCCAUCGCCGGCAAAGACGGCGCUGCCGGUGUGCGAGGUGCGCACAUUGAUGUAGAGCGGCAACGCGGUCUGGCUCGCCCCCGCAGUAAACUCGGCCAGGAUGCGCCACCAGCCAUCGCCCAGCGCCAGCGCCUCGGACGUGGCGCUCUGGGCCGUCUGCCCGGUCGCCAUGUUGAGCGCAAUACCGCCAGCGCCAGUUGCGCCGCCACCUGCCGUCAGACUGACGCCGUCGUAGCCGGCCGCCUUGGCUUCGACCACCAUUGUAUAGGUGACGCUGGGGCGCAACAAGCCGGCGGAUACGCUGCCGGCGAUCACCUCGACCCUAGGUUGGGGACUCAAUCAGGUCCAUUCGCUUACGACAGCGACGAGAGCGAUGGCUGA